GAAAAUAUUUAAUUUACAUCCUUAAAUUAAUUUAUGGAAAACAUCUGACACGGCAGACCCAUGCUAGCAAUUAAGUUUCUUAAUCGCAAAAUUUCUUAUCCGUUAGAUUAAAGCAAUUCUCGAAGAUCUUUCUGUAAAUUGGUAUGAUUUAUAUUCUCGGCCGUCGGAUGCUAAGAUAUGCGCGCGGGUUCUCACGCCUUUCACCAUUCCCUCACAGAACCUUGUCAGUGAACGCGCAAACAAAAAUUCUGCUGUAAUUUUAAUUGUUGAUCUCUUCAUAUCUAUUCAAUUGGGAUAGAAAGGUAUGGAUUUUAAUUUUGAUGUUUAUUUUCCUCGGCAUGUUGGAUCCCUAUGUUCUUGAAUUUUUUAAUGUGGAACAGAACUAGCUUUUUUGGUGAAAGCAUAUAUUUCAAAACAAUGGUAUCUAUUCUGAUUGCGGGAUCUUCUCAUGUAAAUAGAUUACAAUCGUAUAUCCGAGAACAUUGUGAAUAUGCUAACUUCAAUUUAUCCGCAACGGCGAUUAAUUAUUUUGGAAUAAGUGGUGGGAAAUUAUCAUGUUCCGCUCAUAUAAAUAUGUUAGAAAGGAAAAUCGCUGAUCUACGUCCAGGUGUACUCAUUUUACAUAUAGGAGGAAAUGAUGUUGACAAUGUAACAGCAGAUGAAUCGUUUGUGAGGGAAUUAAGCCUGCGCCUUUUAUGCAUCGCAGAAACUUUCGCAUCACGCUACAAUAUUGCACAUGUGAAAAUUUGUCAGCUAAUGCCUCGUUUUAGGACUCGGCUUUUAGACACAACAUCGUAUAAUGAACUUGUGAUCAAAUUCAACAGAAAAUUGAAAUGUCUGCUGGUACAGAAAACGAGUGUGCAAUAUUGGAAGCUUAAAAAUAUUAAACACUCUAAAUUUCCGAUAUUUUGUGAUGGCGUUCACUUUAACGAAGAACAUGGGAUGAUGAUAUACUAUAGGAAUCUACGUGGGGCAAUAUUGCACUCCUUGAAGGCUAUCCAAAAGUGAUGGCAUGUUACCUUCACCAUAUUCAUGUUAUGAGAUAAGUUUUAUUUCAAUUUUAAUUUUUGUAGUAAUUAUGCAUUCAAGAUACAUGUACUUGAAUUUUGAAUAUCGAUGUCAUACCAAAAAAUAUUAUGGUGUAUAGAGUGUAGAACAUUUUACGAUAGCUGCUAGUCAUUUGAUGCACAUGGCAUCGUUUUAGUGAUCUGUCACUAUAUAUGCACUGUGAUAUGUCACAGUAGAAACGGCUUCUGCUCAUUUUGAUGCACAUGGCAUCUUGAUGUUUGCGAUAUGUCGCUAUGAGCUGUAAUAUGUACAGCUGAGCAGUUGCUUUUAUGUUAUGGCUAGCAGCUUAUAUGUGUGAAGUGUCGCUACACGCUGAUGUAUGGUACACCUGAGAAUUAUGCUCAAGUGUAAAUGAUCUGGCGCUUUGGCUAUUUCUUGAUUAUUUUCCUUGUGAUCUGUCAUUAUAGCUUAUGGUUGGCCUCAGUGAAUUGACUGCUAUCGAAACUUUUGCACUCUUAAGUAUUUAGGUGUCCUUGGUUGUCUAUGGCACCAUAAGGCUUGGAAAAAUUAUUUCCAUUAGAAGCUUAAUUUGGCGAUCAAGGGCAUUUUUAUACUUAAAAUUUUUUCAUGUUAAUAUGCAAAGUCAAUUCAACAUGUAUAUAGGCAGAUAAGGUAUUGAACUAUGAGUGUCUUCAUUCUUAAGACAGGUGUCUCGUUUUGUAGGCCAAAAUAUGCCACCCAAAAAGAAAAGACCAAAGAGCACUACAACCGGGAACACACCAUCCUCUGAGACUUCAGGCCCGGCAAAACGUCGAAAGCAGACAACAUCAGCCUCUGUUGACAUUGCCGAGCAGGUGAACAACGCUAUACAAUUAGCCCUGCCAAAAAUCACUCAAGCGGUCCUUUCGGCAAUGAAUGAUAAGAGCGAGGAGCACACAGAUAAAGCUCCAGAGGUGCCUCAGGAAUUACCAAGCACGUCCACGGAGCCGCUUUCCCAGGCUAGCGAUGGUACAAGAAUUCAAGGAGGGGUUCCCAUCUAUGAAUCCAAUGCCGACACCAAUAUCUCCAACAAUGCUCAACCUUUGAAAAACCUAGCAGACUUCAUUUUGCAGAGUUCACUUUCUAAAGCUUCUAGGUCAUCAUACGAUAGAGCUUUUACAUGUUAUAAGUCCUUCAUGUUCAACCAAUAUCCAAACGUCCCCAUCUUACCACCAUCAUCUCAACAUGUCGCACUUUUUGUAGCCUUUUGUUUUCAAUCCAACAUGGCGACGUCGACCUUGAAAAGUUAUCUAUCAGCUCUAGGAUAUAUAUUUAAAUUAAAGGGCUAUCAAGACGUAACACAGCUUUUUGUAAUUCGCAAAAUGCUACAAGGGUAUGAAAAGUUAAAACCAGGUACCGGGGAUACGAGGCUGCCUAUAACACCGUCUAUUCUAAGAAAUUUAGUUGACUCGCUUGAUCAUUUAGGUAUCUCAUUUUACCAGCGCAGCAUGCUAAAAUCAAUGUAUUUGUUGGCCUUCCAUGCCUUCUUAAGAGUGGGGGAAAUAACUAUCACAUCUCGACAUCACAGAGGUAAUGUUUUGCUACUGGAAAAUGUUAAGCUUGUUCGAGACGAAUCAAACACACUAGAAGGCCUAGAAAUAAGACCUGAUUCUUUCAAGCACAGUUCUGGCCGACAUAUUCCCACCUUGUUUCUACAGGCUAGUAAUUCCGAUGAAGGGCUCUGUCCAGUGCAAGCACUAUUGUCAUUUAUUACACUAAGGGGUCAAGUCAUGGGUCCCCUUUUUUCUUACCCUGAUGGUCAUGGAAUCCAAAGGCAACAAUUUACAAACUUUCUACAAAUGUCUUUAAAGUGGUUGGGUCUCGAUUCUAAACUCUAUAAAACUCAUAGUUUUCGAAUUGGUGCGGCAACGUCAGCGGCCGAAAUGGGUAUUUCAGAUGAAAAGAUUAAACAGAUGGGACGAUGGCAUUCCGACGCAUACAAGAAAUACAUACGCAUACCUGUUUUGAAAAUCUAAAUAUUUUCUGCAGUAAGUAUAAUCAUGGGGACAGGGGCCUCUGAUUAUGCACUAAAUAUCAACACAUACUACGAUCAGCUGGUUUUUGGACAUAGCGAAUAUAAGUUUCCAGAUUUAUAUUUAAUUUCCCUUUAUAGCAUGGACUGUUUUGAAUUUUAAACCUAGGUCAUGGGGACAUGGGCCUCUGACUUAACCUUAUAAAUAUAGCAUGGAAUGUUUUGAUUUUCAAACUUGAGUCAUGGGGACAGGGGCCUCUGACUUAACCUUACAAAUAAAGGAUGGACUGUUUUGAUUUUUCGAACUUACACGUAAGUCAUGGGGACAAGGGCCUCUGACUUAACCUAAUGGAGGUACAACUGCGUUUAUUUUUCUUCGACAUUAAGUCACGGGGACAUGGGCCUCUGACUUAUUCGCCUGGUUGUGUUUAUAUAAUGUAUAAUUUGUUUUUUUUAUUCCGGUUGGCUGUAAUAGUGAUUUUAGAAACUUUGAUGAAAUAUGACAGAGGAUCGUGAACUUAAUUAUAACGUAUUAUGGACACUGCUGGUUAAUGGAGCUUGAACUAGAUCCUUCUAUCACUUAUAAAGGAGUAUCUUGACCAUCUUUGAAGAAACUGUGUGGUAUUUAUGUUUGUGCUUUAAUAUUAACAAUUCAUUAGAAGACAAUAGUUUAAGGAUGGGGUUUAUUGCGUUUAUGUAAACACAAUAAUGUGGCGAAAUUUUAUACCCCACCUUUGAUAUCUAUUGAAACAAAAUUGAUUAUAUUUUCAAUUGUUCAAUUUUUCUGAUUCUGCAUUAUAUGUUUAUAUGCAUGAUAUUUUGUGUUUUUUCAUACAGUCAUUUAUAAUGUAAAUAAAUGGCAUUUUUCAAUUCACUUAAUCUUAAUUUUGUUUCUUCAUAUCAAACAGAGUUAAACUAUUGUCAGUGGGUUUACAUAAAUAUUUAAUUUACAUCCUUAAAUUAAUUUAUGUAAAACAUCUGACACGGCAGACCCAUGCUAGCAAUUAAGUUUCUUAAUCGCAAAAUUUCUUAUCCGUUAGAUUAAAGCAAUUCUCGAAGAUCUUUCUGUAAAUUGGUAUGAUUUAUAUUCUCGGCCGUCGGAUGCUAAGAUAUGCGCGCGGGUUCUCACGCCUUUCACCAUUCCCUCACAGAACCUUGUCAGUGAACGCGCAAACAAAAAUUCUGCUGUAAUUUUAAUUGCCCUCCGUCCCGCCCCAACACCGUCUGUAAUUAUUGCCGUGUCAGCAUAGUUAUCUUUGAUUGGUUUUGUAUGAUACAUAUUCUUUUAGAAUAGUUUUUUAUGUUUAUGUUUUAAUUUGCUAAAAAUAUGUACGAUUGUGGUGUUUGCGAAAUUUUAUACCCCACCUUUGAUAUCUAUUGAAACAAAAUUGAUUAUAUUUUCAAUUGUUCAAUUUUUCUGAUUCUGCAUUAUAUGUUUAUAUGCAUGAUAUUUUGUGUUUUUUCAUACAGUCAUUUAUAAUGUAAAUAAAUGGCAUUUUUCAAUUCACUUAA